AUGACAACUAAAAUAGUAAAGAUUGUAUCAUUGGUUGUGGUGUUAGUUAUAGUCAUCAUUAGUAGUGAUCAAUCACUGUGUGAUCGACAGUAUAUUCAUAGUAAUGAUGAGAUAGAGUUGUCUAAAGUGGUAGUCAUUGAUCCCAAACACUGUAAUACCCGACACGAUAUGGUUGUCGUUAUUCAUAGUACCGGUCAGUCAACGGGUAAAUACUUUGACAUUAGACAAGAGUUAAGGUCCGGUUGGGUCGGUGUCAUGAAAAGUCGUAACAUUGGUGUCUGGUUUGCAAUCGCACUCAAUAACAACCAAACGGUUAAUGAAGAGCUGGUGAUUGAGUCAAACAAGUAUAACGAUAUCAUUCAGUUUGGUUUUGUCGACAACUACUAUAACCUGACACUCAAAGCCAUUGCUAUUCAACGAUGGCUUCACAGGUACUGUCAAUCAGUAAAAUAUAUGUUGAAAACAGAUGACGACGUCUUCGUUAAUGUCGACCUACUUGUGAAAGUGUUGGCCGAUUUUAAGACCGGUAUUAGUGGUAUGCUAUUAAAAAAUAAAGGUGUUUACAGACAAGUUGGACACAAGUGGUAUAUACCGAAACAGUACUAUUCGCCCGAUAUUUAUCCCGAUUAUCUGACCGGUCAGGCAAUGAUUGCUGACAAUGUGACCAGAGAUCAAUUGCUUCGGGCAGUGGUCAUGUACGCAACAAUUGCCGGAAAUUAUAUGUUGGACAUCGACGAUGCAUUACUAACCGGUAUUAUUGCCAACUAUGCUAACAUUACACGUCACGAUAGUUAUCACUUUGCAUUUGACUAUUGUCAUUGUCUAACCUGUUUGCAUACCGUUCCCAUACAUUUCGAGUGCAAACAGCGAUCAAAGACAUGGCAUACCUUUAUGAAUAUAUCAAAGAAUACCACCGAUGACUAUACAACCACUGACUAUAUUACCACUGACUAUAUAACCACUGACUAUAUUACCACCAGUUCCUACUAUAGUCAUACCGUAUCGCCGAUUGUUGCCCAUACAAUAUUGUGA